AUGGGCACCCCCCUCGCCCUUGAGGCAAUCGCCAAUGGCGGAUCCGCCAAGAAGGCUGCUCGCGAUUGGGGCGUCCUGAGGGCAACUUUACAAUCGCAUGCAUGGUCACGAAUGCAGAAAGGAUGCAUUUUCUGCUCUUCAGAGGCUUUCUCAGACACAGAAAAGCAACUUACCGAAUGGAUUCUCAUUCAGGACGCCUUGGGCCUUCCUCCCACUCACUCGCAGAUCAGGCAGUUCGCGCAGCAUGCUCGCCGUCAAAGGAGACCACACACCGCUCGGAAAACACUGGAUGCAAGCAUUUUUAAGACGAAAUCCUGCAGUUCGGACCCAGAAGUGCCAUCACAGAGACUCUGCGUGUCAACGGCGCUUCUACCGAGGUACAACAUGGAUGAAGCAGGCAUCAUGGAAGGACUUGGGGAGAAUGGCCUGGUCGUUGGCAGUGCUGAAAAACGAUCUUGCGUGUCCGCUGCCGGCACCUUCCUCCCUCCACCCGUCAUUUUCAAGGGCAAAUCGGUCCAGCAACAGUGGUUCCCAGAAGAUCUCAGUACUUUUAGUGACUGGCAAUUCACUGCGACAAAGAACGGCUGGACUUCGGACCAAACUGCGGUGGAGUGGCUCGAAAAGGUGUUCAUUCCAAGAACCCAGCCACCCGACCCUUCGGAGCGAAGACUGCUAGUAUUGGACGGCCACGGAAGUCACGAGACGGUUGACUUCAUGUAUCUAUGCUACCAGCAUCAGAUUCACCUUCUUUUCUUACCUCCCCAUACCUCUCAUGUGCUGCAACCGCUCGAUUUGUCUGUCUUCUCCGCUCUUAAGCACUACUACCGCAAACAGGUCGGAUUUCUCAGCCUCCUGACCGAUUCAAGCCCAGUCGGCAAGCAAAACUUUCUUUCCUGCUACCAGAAAGCACGCGAGCAAGCGCUCACUGUGUCAAACAUCAAGGGUGGCUGA